AUGAGUAAGAUUGAUAUUCUCGCAAAGCCAGUGACCUUCAAAGGUGGUCUAUCUGCACCCAAGUCAGUACUCCGAUUAAACUCAUUUAUUAGAUCUUCAUCAUUCUUCUUACUGGUCAUUCUUCUUCCCAAUCUCAGUCGAGUGCUGAAAAGUGCCAUGACCGAAAGGUUGUGCACUUAUUCGGAGACUGACUUAGGUGAAAGAGGUAAACCUACACCUGAGUAUCUCAGAUUAUAUAAGCUUUGGGGUGAGGGCCAAAUUGGGAUCAUCGUACUGGGAAACAUCCCGAUUCACAGAGAAAACUUGGAAGCCAAAGGAAAUGCAAUCAUCGACAAGGACUCCCCAUGGGAUCCCGUAGAGGCUUUCAAGCCUGUGAUCGCGGCCGCCAAAGCUCACGGCUCUCUUGUCAUUGGGCAACUAACGCACGGUGGGCGUCAAACAGCGACAGAAGUCAACCCUAACCCAGUAUCAUCUUCUGAGAGCAAAUGUCCUGACAACUUCGGAAUGACUUUCUCGAAGGCGAGGGCGCUCACUGUUGAAGAGAUCAAGGACCUUGUCGAUCGUUGGGCAUUCGGAGCUGAGGUUCUUUACAAAGCUGGAGCUCAUGGUGCCCAACUUCAUUGCGCACAUGGAUAUCUGUUAUCCCAAUUUCUUUCUCCGCAUGUCAAUCGCCGGACUGACGCAUACGGAGGAUCUUUCGAAAACCGAAGCCGAAUUAUUUUCGAGAUCAUCUCCGAGAUCAAAAAGAGAGUGACUGACCCCAAGUUCAUCGUAUCGAUCAAGUACAAUUCUCAUGAUUUUAUUGAAGGUGGGUUUUCAGUUGAAGAUAGUCAGAGGAUGGCAAAGCAGAUGGAAGCCGCAGGGGUGGAGUUGAUUGAACUUUCCGGCGGUACCUAUGAAAACCUACCUUUUGAGGAAAAGAAGGACAGUACCAAACGCCGUGAAGGGUUCUUUAUCGAGUUUGCGGAGAGACUUAGACCUCAUUUGACCGGAGAAUCUGUCCUAGCCGUCACUGGAGGCUUUCGAACUCUAGCCGGGAUGACCGAUGCCCUGUCUUCUUCUGAUAGGAUUUGCGAUGUUGUUGGAUUGGCUAGACCUCUUGUGCCUGAGCCACACCUGAUUGCUGAUAUCAUUUCAGGAAAGACUGACAAGGCCAAAGAAAACAAAAUCCCGGCCGAGCUUCAGAUCCCUGCUGCUUACGCAAUCUUGAAGGAAAUUGGUGAUGGACUUCCCCCUGCAGACUUGAGUGAUGACGAUUCAGCAAGUCGAAUUUCUGCACUGGUCAAGGGACUUCCUUACAAAAUGAAAUGA